UUCAGCCCAUCUCCAAUCUUCCGCUUCCGAACCUAGGCUGCUGGCCUCCCUCCCGUCUGGUACACCCUUCACCUGAGCUCGGCUGACCUACAAACGAAAACACCCGAUGCAUUUCACACACACAGAUCGCCGGAAUCUCCGGCUCAAUCGUCAACAUGUGUUGUUUCCGAUUCUAGACUAAAGGUACGCAAUAUUCUUUGCGUUUUUUCAAUGCCCUUUUAGCCGAUUAGAUCAGGAACAAUGCGAUUAAGGCUGUUCAAUCAAUCCCCAAGAACAUCUUUUUCCUGUUUUUUCCCCUUCUCUAACGUUUCUAGAUAUUCAUCGGUAUCAAAAUCUGGUCAAAUGGGAGGACUUUUGCCACUUUGGUUUGUAAAAGUUGUAUGCACACUACAUGUUCGACGAAAAUCCUCACUGAAAGAAGCUCAUGUUUUGGAUUAUUUUCGCAGGAAUUUGAGCUCUGAUAUUGCUUUUAGUGUUAUUAAACACAUGAUUAGUAAUUUGAAUAAGCCCAAAUUGGGUUAUAGUUUUUUGGAGUAUAGUAAAAAUGUGUUGAAUCUUGUUCAUUCUGUUGAGACAUAUAGUUUUGUUUUGAGGUCGUUUUGUCAGGCGGGUGUUCAUGAUUUGGUUAAAUUGGUAAUUGGUUUAAUGAGGAGUGAUGGGUUGGUUCCGGAUAGUUCGGUUUUAGGGUUUGUAGUUAUAUCAUUUGUGAAUGCUGGUGAAUUUGAAGUAGCCAGAGAAUUGGUUAUCGAUCAUUCUCGAAACAGUGUAGAAGACUGUUUGGUUCUUAGUUGUUUUGUGGUUAACAAACUUUUGAGGUCAUUGGUGAAGAGUAAUCGAGUAGAUGACGCGGUUGAUUUAUUCGAAAACGUUAUUUUAGGAUCACAAUGUUUUUCUUCUGAUGCUUAUACGUUUAACAUAGUCCUCUCCGGUCUGUGCAAGACUAAGGAGGUCGAAAAGGCGUUCGGGCUUUUCAAUACUAUGAUCAUGUUUGGUUAUGAGCCUGAUUCUGUCACCUAUAAUACUCUUCUAAACGGAUUUUGUCGUGCUGGCGAUGUUGAUAAAGCACACGAGUUGUUAAAAGAAGUGCGGUCACCAGAUGUUGUGAGUUUUACUUCGGUUAUAUCAGGGUACUGCAAGCUAGGUAAAAUGGAAGACGCGUUGGUCUUAUUUGAUAAUAUGAUGGGCCGUGGAAUAAGACCAAACACUAUUACGUUUAACAUCAUAAUCGAUGGUUUUGGGAAGAUCGGGAAUAUGGUUUCCGUGCUAAGUAUGUAUGAGAAAAUGGUUAAUCUCGGUUGUACUCCGGAUGUUAUCACAUUCACGUCAAUCAUUGACGGUCAUUGUCGAGUAGGUGAAGUGCACGAGGGGUUAAAGAUUUGGGAUGAAAUGAAUAGAAGAAAUUUGUAUCCUAACGUAUACACGUUUUCCGUAUUAAUUCAUAGUUUAUGUAAAGAAAGUAGAUUAAACGAGGCACGUGACCUUUUACGACAGUUGAAAAAAAGGGGUGAUAUUGUUGCUAAAGCAUUUGUUUACAACCCUGUAAUUGACGGGUUUUGCAAAGCGGGCAAUGUGGACGAGGCUAAUACGAUCGUUAAAGAAAUGGAAGAAAAAAGAUGCAAACUCGAUAAGAUAACGUUUACUAUUUUAAUAAUCGGGCAUUGUAUGAAAGGGCGAAUGGUUGAAGCAAUAAGUCUUUUUGACAAGAUGCUAAUACUUGGUUGUGUUCCUGAUUUGGUUACUGUAAAUUCGUUGGCGUCACGCCUUUUAAAGGCUGGCAUGCCGAAAGAAGCUUUUGAAAUAAGGAAAGCUGCGUCGGGUGUGCGGGUUCCACAAACGGAUGUUUCGUAUAGUAAAAAUGCUGACAUUCCUGUGGCUGUAUAGCUAUGUGGCGAUUGGACAUAGCUUGGUUUUAAAAUGCGCAUAUCGCGCGCACAUCACAUGUUGCGGUAAUGAGACCGCAUUGCUACAGUUGGUGCGCGCAUCGCAUGAUGCGCAGGUGAUGCGGUCUGAUAGGGCGCCUUAUGUGGUUAACCAAUAUUUGAACAAAUUAGACCGUCAAUAGCAAUGGGACAGAGCAGAUCAUCGGUGCCUGGAAAAGAGCGGGUGCUUAUAUCAGUGAUGAAGUCAAAUAGGACAUGGUGGAUGCUGUUAGCAACAUCAAUAAUAGGCAUUUAUCCGGAUAUUUUUCAAUAUUGUUGAGCUUUCAAGGGAUUUUUGUUAGGGAUUCGACAUUAGUGAUAUCAGAGAGCCUCUCGUGUAUUCUGAAGCGAAGCGAGUAUUUUCAAGGAUGCUGUAUUACCAAAUUCCAAUGAGAAAGAGAAGCUGAAAAAGCUUGUCGACGUUAUGAAUGAUUGCCACCAUAGUUGCAGCAUUCUAGGAGCAAAUCCUAUGUUGUCAAAAGCGAGCUAGGCGCGCGCCUAGGCGCUCAGGUGCAACUAAACCGCCUGGUGGAAAGCUAGGCGCAAAUCUGUGUCUUUUUUUCAAAAAACGCACUCAGGCGCUCGCCUGGAGCUGGGCGCAUGCGCAAAUCUAUCAAUCUAGGAUUGAUGGUGGGAUGAUCAACAAGAGUGAUUGGUCUCGUUUUCAAAAUUCAGGAAGAAAUUGGCCUCUUCGAUAAAGUCAGCUUUAACCAGUCCAUCGUUGAAGCACCCACCAUGAGGGGUGAUUAAAAUUGCCAUGGAUACAAAGGGCUUGCAUCCUACGGUAUCAUGUGUGUGGUAUGGGUGUUUCUUACUUUCUUUCCAAGUGGUUGAGGUCGUCUCAUGGUGGACAUUGGUGCAGUUUUAGGAGUAGGUUUAAAGGGUAUGUGAGUAGUCGUUUUAUUAUAAAUUGCCAUGGAUGAGAUGGGAACAAGUCAUCAAUUCUAAGGCUGCUGCUGGCUUGGGAAUAAAUAUUUUGUCAGAUAAUUUUUUUUUGUUAAUUGUUGGAAAUAUUAUUUAAAUUAAAGUUGCAUUUAUUUGUUAUUUUGAAUUAAAAAA